GCUGCCCAGCAGAGUUGAUCUGUCACCGGGACCGAACACAACACCGAGACGUGUCGGCACACACAACCCGGAGGUGACAGCUCGAUUCCGGCUUCGGGACACGACCCGCCCGGGAGGACGUCGCGGGCCCUCGGUGCUGGAGGAGCGGGGCCGAGUCAGCGGCUGUUUUCAACCCGAGGAAAAAGUCUCCGACGUCUGUCAGAAUUCCAACUAUCCGAGCCGAGCCGAGCUGAGCGGAGCUAGCCCAGAGCCGGAGCCAUUCCCCCGGGGAGGCUCCCUGUGCCGGGGACAAGGAUUAAUGCGGCCCGGUGUUCGGUUGUGUGUAGGGAGUGAUUUGGACUCGGUGACCCCGGCUGGGAUGCUCUCCUGACGGCUCCUCUCCUCCGAUCCUCCGCUCCAGACACUUUCCUCCAGCCCGGCUAGCGAGCUAACUCUGCUAACUAGCAGCUGCUAGGAGCCCGGAGCCCCUCCGCCGGGGCACUGACACCCGGUGAGACGGUGACCGUGUCUGGGGACAAACAGAACAACUCCGCGGGGCCGGAGAACCGAGGAGAGAGGAGAGAGGAGCGGACACCGGGGGUCUGACAGCCCGCCAGGGAGGAGGAGGAGGAGGCUAGCCGGGAGCCGGGCACUGCAGGGGCGGUGCGCUGCCGGAGGAGACACCGGACUGACCGGAGGAACACUCCCGGACCUUUGACAGCUGUGAUCCGGGUAGUGACCCGGGCGGAGACCUCAUGAAUGGAAAUCGGAACUACAGGAGCCGUUGGGGCCCAGUCCCUGUUCUCCUUGCCUCGGCGGCCUGGCUAUGGCACCAUGGGGAAGCCCAUCAAGCUGCUGGCCAACUGCUUCCAGGUGGAGAUCCCCAAGAUGGAUGUCUACCUCUACGAGGUGGACAUCAAGCCUGACAAGUGUCCACGGCGAGUCAACAGGGAGGUGGUCGACUCGAUGGUGCAGCACUUCAAGGUGACGAUCUUUGGGGAUCGCAGGCCAGUGUACGAUGGGAAGAGGAGCCUGUACACAGCCAACCCUCUACCUGUGGCACCUGCAGGGGUGGACCUGGAUGUCACUCUACCAGGUGAGGGAGGGAAAGAUCGUCCCUUCAAGGUGUCCAUCAAGUUUGUGUCUCUGGUCAGCUGGCACAUGCUCCACGAGGUGCUGACCGGCCGCAGCAUGCCUGAGCCUCUGGAGCUGGACAAGCCCAUCAGCACCAACCCUGUUCAUGCAGUGGACGUGGUCCUGCGACACCUGCCAUCCAUGAAGUAUACUCCAGUGGGUCGAUCCUUCUUCUCGGCUCCGGAGGGCUAUGACCAUCCCCUGGGAGGCGGGAGGGAGGUCUGGUUUGGCUUCCAUCAGUCUGUGCGGCCCGCCAUGUGGAAGAUGAUGCUCAACAUCGAUGUUUCUGCCACUGCAUUCUACAAGGCCCAGCCUGUCAUUCAGUUCAUGUGUGAAGUGCUGGACAUCCACAACAUCGACGAGCAGCCCCGCCCACUCACCGACUCGCACCGGGUCAAGUUCACCAAAGAAAUCAAAGGUUUGAAGGUGGAGGUGACGCACUGUGGAACCAUGCGGAGGAAGUACCGAGUCUGCAACGUGACCCGUCGGCCCGCCAGCCAUCAAACGUUCCCUCUGCAGUUGGAAAACGGUCAGACGGUGGAGCGUACCGUAGCCCAGUACUUCAGAGAGAAGUACAGCCUGCAGCUCAAGUACCCGCAUUUACCCUGUCUACAAGUGGGCCAGGAGCAGAAGCACACCUACCUGCCCCUGGAGGUGUGUAACAUUGUAGCUGGUCAGCGAUGCAUCAAGAAGCUGACGGAUAACCAGACCUCCACUAUGAUCAAAGCCACAGCUCGCUCUGCACCCGACAGACAAGAGGAGAUCAGCCGGCUGGUGCGCAGUGCCAACUACGAGGCCGACCCCUUCGUGCAGGAGUUCCAGUUCAAAGUGCGCGACGAGAUGGCCCACGUGACGGGGCGAGUGCUACCCGCCCCCAUGCUGCAAUACGGCGGCAGGAACCGCACCGUAGCCACGCCCAGCCACGGGGUGUGGGACAUGAGGGGGAAGCAGUUCCACACCGGGGUGGAGAUCAAGAUGUGGGCCAUCGCCUGCUUUGCCACACAGAGGCAGUGUCGGGAAGAAAUCCUGAAGGGUUUCACGGACCAGCUACGUAAAAUCUCGAAAGAUGCCGGGAUGCCAAUCCAAGGUCAGCCAUGUUUCUGUAAAUACGCCCAGGGAGCGGACAGCGUGGAGCCCAUGUUCCGACACCUGAAGAACACGUACGCCGGGUUGCAGCUCAUCAUCGUCAUCCUGCCGGGAAAGACUCCCGUCUACGCGGAGGUGAAGCGAGUAGGAGACACCCUCCUCGGCAUGGCCACACAGUGUGUCCAGGUGAAGAACGUGGUGAAGACGUCCCCUCAGACCCUCUCCAACCUCUGCCUCAAGAUCAACGUGAAGCUGGGAGGCAUCAACAACAUCCUGGUGCCUCAUCAACGGCCGUCAGUGUUUCAGCAGCCAGUUAUCUUCCUGGGAGCAGAUGUUACUCAUCCACCUGCGGGAGACGGGAAGAAGCCUUCGAUUGCAGCAGUGGUUGGCAGUAUGGACGCCCACCCCAGCAGGUACUGUGCCACAGUGCGGGUCCAGAGGCCCAGGCAAGAGGUCAUCCAGGACCUGGCCUCCAUGGUGCGGGAGCUGCUCAUCCAGUUCUACAAGUCAACUCGCUACAAGCCCACCAGGAUCAUUUUCUACAGGGACGGAGUUUCAGAAGGCCAGUUCAGACAGGUGCUGUAUUAUGAGCUGCUGGCCAUUCGUGAGGCCUGUAUCAACCUGGAGAAGGAGUACCAGCCAGGCAUCACCUACAUUGUUGUGCAGAAACGCCACCACACCCGCCUCUUCUGUGCCGACCGCAACGAAAGAGUUGGACGUAGUGGAAACAUUCCCGCUGGUACGACCGUGGAUACGGACAUCACCCAUCCGUACGAGUUUGACUUUUACCUCUGCAGUCACGCUGGAAUACAGGGCACCAGCCGGCCCUCCCACUACCAUGUACUGUGGGAUGACAAUUGUUUCACCGCUGAUGAGUUCCAGCUGCUCACCUACCAGUUGUGCCACACCUACGUGCGCUGCACCCGCUCCGUCUCCAUCCCGGCGCCAGCCUACUACGCCCACCUGGUGGCCUUCAGAGCCCGCUACCAUCUGGUGGACAAAGAACACGACAGCGCCGAGGGCAGCCACGUGUCCGGUCAGAGUAACGGUCGGGACCCCCAGGCGCUGGCCAAAGCUGUUCAAAUCCACCACGACACCCUGAGGACCAUGUACUUCGCCUGAGCUGCCACCAACCCUCCCCAGUCAUUGCCACCCUUCACACACACACACACACACACAGACGCAACCUUGCACGCCUGGCUCAUAGGUGCGAGUCCAGCCCCCCCCCACACGCCUAGUCAAUCCGGACCUGACACUGUGCAGAGGAGAGCCGGGAGGAGGGAGGGGAGGAGGCACACCCACACUGGACUGAGGAUGCAAACGUCGCUUUAAAAACAAACAAGGAGAGAAACUCAGCACUAUUAUGCAAUAUGAAACCAGCCAACCAGUUCCACCCUCAUCAGGCCCCACUUCAUCGCCCCCCCACC